AGAGGGCAGAAGAAUGUGACAUUAACCUAGUUUAUUCAAGAAAUUCCGCCAAAUAAUCAAUUUAUAAAAUAAUUUUUAACAAUGAAUUUAAAACAAAAAAUGUUCAUUCAGUUUAUGAUCAAAAAUGGUGCGGCAACUACAGAUCAAGCGUUGUCCUUCUGCCAGGAUUCGGUUGAAAAUUUCGUUGAACUAAAGUUGUUUAUUCACGAGAUAAAUCGUGAAAUAUCCAAACAAAACUUUAAAAUAGGACUAACAACUUGCGAAGUAUCGAAUCAAGACUUUGUUUUGUGGCUCAAUACAAAAAAUGAUGAUGUAUCGAAGCUGCAAAUAACUUACAGCACGAUUGAACUAGAAUACUUUCACGUUCUUAUGCAGGAAAUUCUCAUUUCCGAACAUAGAAGAAUAACCUACGCCACUGCCUUAAAUAUCACUUCGAGCUUAACGAGUAAUUUCACAAGAACAAAUGGACAAACUGUAUUAAAAAAGUGGUUUGCUGGACAGUAUUUUAUUAAAGAAAAUAGUUAUGUUUAUUUGGGCUCAAGAUUAAUAACCGAGUUUACAACUUAUUUAAAAAUACAGUCUCCAGAUCAAAUAUGCAAGCUCUGUUCAGAAUUAGUUUUCAAAGGAAGAAUUUGUGCCAGUUGUGAUUCGAUCAAUCAUUCUUAUUGUUUGGAUAAGUAUUUAGAGAGACAAAAUAAUUGUCCAUCAUGUUCAGAAGAAUGGACGGAAAAAGAUGAUGGUUCCUUGUAUACACAAAAUACUGUUGUCACACAAGAAAGUGCUGAAAGCAAUGAUGAAGAUGGGGAUGAGGAACAAGGCAGACCUGUAAGGAAGAAUAGAUCUGCCUCGCAAAGAAAGUAGGACCAAUAAAAGUACACUUCGCUGCAAGACAAUGAGUAGUUUAUUUUGUACAAAAAGGUUAUUUUCGACAAUCGCCAGGUUAUUUUUGUUGUUAUUAUUAUUUAAUAAAAACUUACGGUAACAGUGCGUUAAAAGUUGUGACGUAGCCGUGCUAACUGAUACGCAUGCGCAUUAUAAUAUGUAUGUAUAUUUUGUUUUAAUACUGAUAAAAAAUGGACAAAGUACAAAAUCCUUACGAUUAGUAACCCUAUCAUUUCACUUACAAAAUAGAAAGGCAUAUUUUUUUUCUUUUCCAUAAUUAAGGUUAAUAUAAAACGCUAAGUAGGGUUCAGGUUUGACUUGUAACGUUUUUUUUUUCCAAAGACAAAUAUGAAUUAGGUUGUUUCAACAUUCUUAUUACAAUAAUAAUUAGAUAUUUUAUUAUUUACAUGGUCCACAUAUAAAAUUCUUAAGACAUAUUGAAACCCUGUUAUAUAAGAAAAGAGAAGCUCACGAAAAUGUUUGUUAUAAUUACUAAACACGUGUAUUAAAUAGUAAGUUAUCUUUCAACUUUUAUCUAUGGAUAUUUUGUAUAAAAAUUUAGUGGGACACAAUAAAAUGUUUGAAUAUAUACAGGAUAUUCUUGUUUAUUUCGGCCAAUUCUGUAACUUUGAAAACGCUAAGCGCUUUUAGACGCUCAGCGUAUAUGACGUUAAUUUUUACUUGGCGCGCACUCGCACUUAACUACGAUAUUAUAUAAACUUGUAUGCUUUAACAUUGUAAACCAAUGAACUAUAUCUGUCAAUAGUGUCAAUGACAGUGUUCUUUACAGUGCCAGUGUGUAUUCAGCAAUUAGUCAAGAGAUAUGAUUGAACGUUUCUUAUAUAACAGGGUUAUAUACAAAGUGGUGCGCAACAGUUAUUUUAGAAAAAGUGCCUUAUAAAGUUAAGCAAUAUCAAAAAUGUUUUUCCCUUCAAUAAUUGGUAACUUAUACAGACAUUUUUACAAUGUAAUAAUUGAUAAAAUGAUUGAAGUUAAUAAAGGAACUUUGACAUAUAAUAA